AUGCCAUUCAUGGGGUUAAGUGUGCAGUGCGUAUUGGAUUUGGUAGUGGCAGGGAUUUCUUUGAUGAUUGGUUUAGGCAUUUUUGCUUUCAUCGCCUCCAUUCUAUGCUCUGUCGCUUUCUUGUACAACGCCAAGGACAUUCGUUGAUCCUUAUAUAGAGAAACAUGGAAGCGGGAGCACCGUCUUUUCAGCAGUUUGCAUGAGUAAUUGUUGGAGAAUUAAAAUUUCUCACUGCGCUCAGCAGAGCUUUGUAUCAGAAUUUAGAUUGUAGAAAAUCCUCCAAUGUUCAACAAUAGAAGUAUCCAAAUAAAUUAAACCGUUUCAAUC